AGGUAUAUAUUUCAUCUUCCUUCUAUUCUCUUUUCUUCAAUUAUUCAGUGAAACCAAUUAGAAAGUGAAAAACAUGGGGAUAGAAAGUGAAGUACCGGAAUCAGGAGGAGGAAUCAGGCGAAGAAAUUGUGUGUGCACAAAAGACGAUUUUCUGCCGGAGGAAUCGUUCAAGAGCUGGGGAAAUUACGCGAAUGCGCUGAGGCAGACUCCGAAGAGGUUAAUCGAACGGGCGUUGACGCGAUCGAAUGAUGAAGCAGAGCUGGAGGCGAAGUCACGGAGUCACCAUGAAAUGAAGAAGACAUUGACAUGGUGGGACCUAAUAUGGUUCGGGAUGGGAGCGGUGAUUGGAGCAGGAAUCUUCGUACUGACGGGGCUUGAAGCGAGCGAGGAUGCAGGCCCUGCUGUUGUACUGUCGUAUGCAGUUUCCGGCCUCUCCGCCUUGCUCUCUGUCUUCUGCUACACUGAGUUUGCCGUUGAGAUCCCUGUUGCAGGUGGUUCAUUUGCCUACUUGAGGGUGGAGCUUGGUGACUUUGUGGCCUUUAUUGCUGCUGGAAAUAUCCUUCUUGAAUAUGUGAUUGGUGGUGCUGCAGUGGCUCGUUCAUGGACCUCAUACUUUGCUACUCUGUUGAACUUCAAGCCUGAGAAAUUCCUCAUCACGGCUCAUGGUUUAGCCAAGGGCUACAACCAACUUGACCCAAUCGCUGUUGCGGUCUGCUUCAUCAUCUGCAUCAUUGCCAUUCGUAGUACGAAAGGCUCUUCUCGUCUCAACUAUGUUGCCUCGAUCAUUCACAUUGUGGUGAUUGUUUUCAUCAUCAUCUGUGGCCUAAUCAAGGCGGAUACCAAGAACUACACCCCCUUUACGCCAUUUGGUGCUCGUGGCAUUUUCAAAGCUUCUGCGGUGUUGUUCUUUGCUUAUGUUGGUUUUGAUGCUGUUUCGACUAUGGCUGAGGAAACUAAGGAUCCGGCUCGAGAUAUCCCCAUUGGCCUAGUUGGAUCUAUGGUGAUCACCACUACUGUGUACUGUUUAUUGGCUAUAACACUCUGUCUUAUGCAGCCUUAUCAGAGCAUUGAUCCUGAUGCUCCGUUUUCUGUGGCGUUCAAAGCUGUUGGAUGGAGUUGGGCGCAAUAUAUUGUGGCUGCAGGUGCGUUGAAAGGAAUGACCUCAGUGUUGCUUGUAGGCGCGGUUGGUCAGGCUCGUUAUCUCACUCACAUUGCGCGGACUCACAUGAUGCCUCCGUGGUUUUCCUAUGUUGAUGAAAAAACAGGGACUCCCGUCAAUGCCACGGCGGUCAUGAUGUCUGCUACUGCAAUCAUUGCCUUCUUCACGAAGCUCGAAAUUCUCUCCAAUCUCUUGUCAAUCUCCACCCUUUUCAUCUUCAUGCUCGUGGCCCUCGCUCUCCUCGUUCGUCGUUACUAUGUGAGUGGUGUGACCACAAACGCAAACCGCAACAAGCUAAUUAUAUGCCUAUUACUCAUCCUCGGGUCCUCAAUCGCCACAGCUGCUUACUGGGGACUUAGCGAGAAAGGAUGGAUUGCAUACUGCUUUACUCUGCCUAUUUGGUUUUCAGCAACUGCAGGAAUUUGUAUUUUCAUUCCUCAGGCUCGUAAUCCAAAGCUUUGGGGUGUGCCUCUUGUACCUUGGUUGCCAUCAUUAUCAAUAGCAAUCAACAUUUUCCUACUAGGCUCGAUAGAUAAAGAUUCAUUCAUCAGAUUUGCUGGCUGGACAGGUUUUCUUUUGGCCUAUUACUUUUUUUUCGGGCUACAUGCUUCUUAUGACACAGCAAAGGAAUUCGAAAAGAGCAAAGGGUGGAAGAACAAUAUUGAAGAAGGAAAUGGUACUUCUAAUGUGGUUGUUAGCAAAGAUGUUCCUAUUGCUCCUGUUGCUUCUGGUAACUGAAUUAGUUGUGUCUAAAUGAUAGUACAAUGUUACAUUCCUAGCUAGUACUCCUAUUUUAUUUGUCUUGAUAUAUGCAUAUGAUGUUAGUCCGUUUGUACAGAGUCUGUUUCUAAAGUAGACAAGUACAAGUUGCUGCAUUGUACUAGUAUUAAACAUUGUGCAGACUAUCUUACGAUGGCUUUGUACCCUUCUGGCAUAUGCCGCUUUGGAUUAUAAAGGAGAUGGGAAGGUUACUUA